UCAAACACCUUCUCCAAAUAUCAAACACCUUGUGCUUCUUAAUUGUUUCCAAGCAAAUUAAGAAGCCACAUCCAAUCCAAGUACACUCAAAAUGAAGAUGAUGAAUCAGCCUCUCUUCUCACUCACACUCCUGCUCAUCUCCCUCUCCCAAUGCACCAAAAUCUUAGCCCAAGCCCCUGCUGCUGCCCCAGCUGCCCCAGUUGCCCCGGCUGCCCCUGCUGCCCCAUCAAUUACCGGGCCGGCAGUGCCAUCACCACCAGCCGAUGCCCCUGCAUCACUAGGCCCAACCAACAUCACCAAAAUCCUUGAAAAAGCAGGCGGCUUCAACAUCUUUAUCCGCCUUUUGAAAAGCACCCAAGUUGACAACCAGCUCUACAGCCAACUCAACAACUCAAACAGUGAACUCACAGUUUUAGCGCCAACUGAUAAUGGCUUCUCACAGCUCAAGACAGGAUCACUCAACUCUUUGAGUGAUGAGCAAAAAGUCCAGCUCUUACAAUUCCAUCUGAUCCCAGAUUUUCUCACAGUCCAAAACUUCCAAACUCUCAGCAACCCAGUGAGAACCCAAGCUGGAGAUGGAUUUGAGUACCCACUAAACAUCACCACAUCAGGCAGGGCAGUCAACAUAACAACUGGUCUUGUCAACACCUCCAUUUCAGGCACUGUCUACUCUGAUGGCCAAUUGGCUAUUUACCAAGUUGACAGUGUGCUCAAGCCUUAUGGUGUUUUUGCUCCCAAGCCUCAGCCACCUUCACCGGCACCGGCUCCCGCGCAAGAGAAGCCUAAGAAGACGUCAUCUGAUGACAGUCCUGUUUCUCAAGUGAAGUCUGGUGCUGUGCCUACUCUGAUCUCCAAACUUAAUGGCGUUGUUUCCAUUGCAGUUUCUGUGGUUGCUGCUGCAGCGUUAAGCUUUUUGUGACAGAAUUGUUUGUUCCAAUUGGAGUUGGAUUGAAGGGUAAUGAUGUCCGGUGACUGGUUUGGAAUAAUUGUUGUUAUGCAUGUCAGAAAUGUGAUCUGUAUGUGAGACCAAUACUGUUUAGUUAAAUUUUUCAUUGGGUUCUUCAUCUGUUUUGUUCUUUGUAUCUGUAAUAUUUUCAUUUGUAAUCAUCUUCGGUUUCUUUGUAUUUUGAGAAACUUGUGUAAAUUCCUCCACAAAAUUAGUACAUGGGUUUUGAUCAAUCCUUUUUCA